GCCUGCAAAUCUGAAGAAAGGCUAUUUCACAAACUCUUUUCGCAUUACAAUCAGUACAUCAGACCUGUGGAAAAUGUGUCUGAUCCAGUUACGGUGUAUUUCGAAGUGGCAAUUACGCAGCUCGCAAAUGUGGAUGAAGUCAAUCAGAUUAUGGAAACCAACCUCUGGCUGAGACAUAUUUGGAAUGACUAUAAACUACGAUGGAAUCCAUUGGAAUAUGACGGGAUUGAGUCUAUUCGUGUGCCAGCAGACAAAAUUUGGAAACCUGAUAUUGUGCUAUACAACAAUGCUGUUGGAGAUUUCCAGGUUGAAGGACGGACCAAAGCUCUGCUUAGGUAUGAUGGCACCAUCACAUGGACACCACCUGCCAUCUUUAAAAGUUCCUGCCCCAUGGAUAUCACCUUCUUCCCCUUCGAUCACCAGAACUGCUCCCUAAAAUUUGGAUCAUGGACUUAUGACAAAGCUAAAAUCGAUCUUCUAAUUAUUGGUUCCAAAGUGGAUAUGAAUGACCUCUGGGAGAACAGCGAAUGGGAGAUUGUUGAUGCUUCUGGCUUUAAGCAUGACAUCAAGUACAACUGCUGUGAGGAGAUCUAUACUGAUAUAACCUACUCCUUUUAUAUCCGAAGGCUGCCCAUGUUCUACACCAUUAAUCUGAUUAUCCCCUGCCUAUUCAUUUCAUUCCUGACUGUGCUGGUGUUCUACCUUCCCUCUGACUGUGGAGAGAAAGUGACCUUGUGCAUCUCUGUCCUGCUUUCCCUGACUGUGUUCCUGCUAGUGAUUACAGAGACAAUCCCCUCCACCUCUCUGGUCAUCCCGCUGGUGGGGGAAUAUUUGCUGUUCACCAUGAUCUUUGUGACGCUUUCAAUCGUCGUCACUGUCUUUGUGCUCAACAUCCACUACAGGACUCUGACAACCCACAGCAUGCCCACAUGGGUCCAGACCGUUUUCCUCCGUCUCCUGCCUAAAGUUCUCAUGAUGAAGAGGCCCAUACAGAAACGUGUUGAAACCCAGCCUAAAAAGACACCUCCGAAACCGGCCACCACAAAACCCAGUAAGCAAACAGCCGAAGACUCCAGAGAUGGGAAAGGCUACAGCGAGCACAGGUGCUGUCACUGUGACAAGCCCAGCGAGCCAGCCCCGAGUGAGAAGAGGAGGCCCAGUCACCAGACGGCAAAAUGGGUGGCUGAGCAAAUAGAGUGCUCCCCUGAAGUCAAAGAGGUCAUCAGCAAUGUUCAUUUCAUUGCAGAAAACAUGAGGAGUCAAAAUGAGACCAAAGAGGUGGAGAACGACUGGAAGUAUGUCGCCAUGGUGAUUGACAGAGUGUUCCUGUGGGUGUUCAUCAUUCUCUGUGUGUUUGGGACAGCAGGAUUAUUCCUACAGCCGCUGAUAGCUGACACAUAA